CGCUGGGGCGCGGGAGGGCUUCCGGGUCAGCGGCAGCGGUUCCGGGUCAGCGGAAGCAUCGUCCCCGCGAUCACCGCCAUGACGACGCUCCGCGCCUUCACCUGCGACGACCUCUUCCGAUUCAACAACAUCAACCUGGACCCGCUGACCGAGACCUACGGGAUCCCCUUCUACCUUCAGUACCUCGCCCACUGGCCCGAGUACUUCAUCGUCGCCGAGGCGCCCGGCGGGGAGCUGAUGGGUUACAUCAUGGGGAAAGCCGAGGGCUCCGUGGCUAGGGAAGAAUGGCACGGACACGUUACCGCUCUCUCCGUUGCACCAGAAUUCCGACGGCUGGGUUUGGCCGCUAAACUGAUGGAGCUACUGGAAGAAAUUUCAGAAAAAAAGGGUGGAUUUUUUGUUGAUCUCUUUGUGAGAGUAUCAAAUCAGGUUGCUGUAAAUAUGUAUAAGCAACUAGGCUACAGUGUGUACCGGACAGUGUUAGAGUACUACUCUGCCAGCAGUGGGGAGCCAGAUGAAGAUGCUUAUGGUAAGUAUUUGUUCUGCCUCAAGUUGAAUAGAGUGAUUCUCACGUUGAGGGUUCCUGGGCUUGUUUGUAAGACUAUUAUUAUUUUUUUUUUUAUAUGAAACAAUUUCAGAUUGUUGUUGAUGAAUGGGAUUUUGUAUCCUCCUUUAGAUAACUUUUCCUUCUGAAGAUUACAUCAGUUACAAAACCUUAUUUUUCAGUUUACACAUUUUGUAGCAUCUCUGGCAAAAUAAACUACAAAAUAAGAAAAAAAAUGAAAAGGAAUGGAAAUGCUUUCUUCCUUUCUUCCCAUAACUGGGACUUGGAACUUUGUUUUUCUCAGAUGUCUAACUACAAAUUUACAGGUGUCAGUGGCCCACAGUGGCAGAGAAUUGGGUAACAUUUUCAGUGUAAAAGGGAAGGAAUAUGGAAAUUCAACUAUGUUAAUGCUGAUUCUGUUAACAAAAGUGCUUCCUCAUUCUAGAUAUUUUUUUUCUUUUAAGUAUUGUCCCAAAAGGUUACGUGGCCAUGCUGUGUGUCAUUUCUGUUCUUGCACUAUUUAUUCAAUAUGUAGGAUCACUAUGAAAUAUAAGGGCUACUGACAUAUAUCUACUGCUGUUGCAAGUGCCUUAAAUCAUAUAUUUGUCCCUUUAACCUGCCACUUCCUUUCCAUUUGGUCGAGUUUCAUGCAGUGUUAUAUUUCAGUUGAUAACAUUGCUGCUGAACAACGUUAAGGACAUUAAAUUAUUAGUGUGUCUAGAAGAGAGCAGCCAAGAUGGUGAAAGGUCUCAAGGGCAGGACUUAGGAGGAGCAGCUAAUGUCCAUGGGCUUGUUCCACUUGAAGAAGAGAAGGCUGAGGUGUGCCCUCAUCACAGUCUAAACCUUCCUCAACUGGGCACCACUCUCUCUGGUGACCAGUGAUAGGACAUGAGGAGAUGGAGCCAAGCUGAGUCAGGGAAGGUUCAGACUGGAUGUAAGGAAAAGACUCUUCACUGAGAGGGUGGUUGGUAACUAUAACAGGCUCUCCAGGGAAAUGGUCAUGACACCAAGCCCAUCAGAGUUCAGGAAGAGUCUGGACAAUGCUCUUAACCAUAUGGUUUAGUUUUAGGUAGUCCUGUGUGAACCCAUGAGUUGGAUCCUCAUGGGUCCCUUCCAACUUGAGGUAUUCUAUGAUUCUAGGAAAUUUGCUUGAUUAAAAAUUAUUUUAAUAGAGAAUUUACUUCAUAUGGCUUUGUACAAUGACCACUGUAACUAUAAUA